AUGUUAUUGGUUGACCUCACUUGGAUCAAGAGUAAUCAUCAUUCCAACACGUCCACACCUCCCCUCCCACCACGUCCACACCUCCCCUCCCAACACGCCCACACAUCCCCUCCCAACACGUCCACACAUCCUUCCCAACACGUCCAUACUUCUCCUCCCACUAAUUCCACACCUCUUCUCCCACCACGUCCAAACCUCUUCAGCCACUACGUCCACAUAUCUCCUCCAGCCACGCCCACAAUCUCCUCCCACCACGCCCACAAGCCCCCUCCUACUACAUCCACGCCUCUCCCCCAACACGCCCACACAUCUCCAGUAACAAUGUCCACACAUCUCCACCAACAAUGUCCACGCUUUUCCUGCCACCACGCCGAAACCUCUUCAUCAACUACGUCCAAACAUCUCCUCCAGCCAUGUCCACGCCCACAAGUCUCCUCCCACUACGUCCACACCUCUCCUCCCAACACGUCCACACUUCUCCUCCAACCACGUCCAAACCUCCCCUCCCAACACGUCCACACAUCUCCUACCACGCCCACAAGUCUCCUCCCAUUACGUCCAAACCUCUCCUCCCAACACGUCCACACUUCUCCUCCAACCACGUCCAAACAUCUCCUCCCAACACGUCCACACUUCUCCUCCAACCACGUCCAAACCUCCCCUCCCAACACGUCCACACAUCUCCUACCACGCCCACAAGUCUCCUCCCACUACGUCCACGCCUCUCCUCCCAACACGUCCACACAUCUCCAGUAA